CAACGCCUACUUCUCCAAUCAAGGCUUGCAAAACAUUUUAGAGUGCCCCGUAGCUCUAAUGGCAAAACCAGUGACCUCGAGUUCGUUCAACAUCAUCGAACUUGGAGGUGUCUGGGCGGCGGGGUUGUGAUCCCAUGCAGUACCAUGGUCGUGAGAGUUCCCCAACCGAAAUGUCUCCACCAACUCUCACCACCCUCCCCGCCGAGAUCCGCCAAAUGAUCGUUGCCGAAACCAUCUCAAUCACAAUAAGCAGCUCUCCACUGGCCACUUCACGCCCCUCGGCUCCGUCUGCAAACUCCUCCGGGCCGACGUCCUCAAGCUCUGCACGAGCUGGCUGCCCGCCCCCUCCACCCUCAUCAUCCUGGCGGCACACACCCCCGCCAGCUGGGCCGCCUUCGCCGCGCUCGACAACCUCCUCAGCGCGCGUGCAGCGCAGCUAAACCGCCGCAGCUGGCCCGGCAUCACGGAGGUCACGCUGCGAUUCGUCUGCCCGACCGGACGCCUAGGAAGGGACAUGUUCAAGUCCACAGUGGCCCCUUAUCGCUAGGAGGCAGAG